AUGGAAACUGUAAAACCGGUCGUUACUCCGGUGGUUCUCAAGGGUGCAAACUAUUUAUUGUGGAAAAGAACCACAAAGACCGCUCUUAGUGGCCGGGGACUCUGGAUCCAUGUUGAAACCGACCAACUCCCCAAGAAAGCCAACAAAGGAGACGGUAAAGAAGAAACAGAAGAAGACAAGGAGGCUGAGCUCGAAAAGGAAGCCAAAUGGUUCCAGGAAGAUCAGACCGUGCUUGCCAUUCUUCAAAACUCGCUUGACGCGCCCAUCUUAGAAGCCUACUCCUACUGUGAGACGGCCAAGGAGCUAUGGGACACGCUGGCGAAUGUGUACGGGAACAUAACCAAUUUAACCCGUGUGUUUGAAGUCAAGAAGGCCAUUAACUGCUUGCACCAAGAGGACUUGGAGUUUACCAAGCACUUUGGGAAGUUUAGGUCCCUAUGGGCCGAACUUGAGAUGCUCCGGCCAAGCACUAUAGAUCCGGCUAUUCUGAAUGAGAGGAAGGAGCAAGACAAAGUCUUUGGCCUGCUGCUAACCCUGAAUCCUGCCUUCAAUGACCUCAUUAAGCACAUACUUCGCGGUGACAAGCUGCCUACCCUUGAUGAUGUGUGUGCCCAAGUUCAAAAGGAACAAGGCUCGCUUGGUCUCUUCAGUGGUAAAGAGGAACUAGUCAUGGCCAACAAAGGGAUAUACAAACACGAAGAAAGGAAGACGGCCGUAUGCGACCACUGCAAGAAGAAAGGCCAUGUGAAGGAUAAGUGUUGGAUCCUCCACCCUCAUCUCAAACCAGCCAAGUUUAAGGCUAACAUGUCGCGGGAAGGUACAAGCGGCCAAGGAGCCGAAGCAGCAAACCAAGGAGGGGCAACGGCCAUGAUAGCCUCCUAUGGAGACUUGGUGAGGAAGUCUGACUUGGAGGCCCUUAUCAAGUCCAUUGCUGCACUCAAAGAAUCCGGUACCACCUUCUUUGCUUCUAAACCUAGUAAAAUGCUUGUUGUUGAUUCAGGGGCUUCUCAUCAUAUGAUUAGUAACCCAAGUCUACUAGACAAUAUAGAACCAGCACUAGGUGAUGUGGUCAUUGCUAAUGGGGAUCGAGUUCCGGUUAAGGGUAUUGGUAACUUGAAAUUGUUUAAACAGAACUCUAAAGCGUUUUACAUGCCCACAUUUACUUCAAAUCUCUUAUCAGUGAAGAAAGUAACCCAUGAUUUGAAUUGUUAUACUGUAUUUGGCCCUAAUAGUGUCCAUUUUCAGGAUAUUAAGACCGGACAGAUACUUGGGGAAGGAGAUGGAACCGGAGAUCUUUAUCUCUUAGAGAAAACAUCACAAAGUUCCUCUAACCCGAUUUCGUUUACUUCUUGUCUCCCAUCUAAUAAUGCUAAUGCACUGUGGCAUGCUAGGCUAGGCCACCCUCAUUCUCGCGCUCUUGAGUUAUUAUUACCUAAUGUCUCCUUUAGUAGUUCUAGCUGGGAACAAAGGAGUAAGCUUGAUGCAAAGAGUACCAAAAGUAUAUUCAUUGGAUACUCGACAACACAAAAGGGCUACAAAUGUUAUGAACCGGUCCAUGGUCGCAUGUAUGCGUCUCGGGACGUCAAGUUCAUGGAGGGUCAAGGAUACUAUGAGACGAAGGAUUGGAACAGCCUCAAAGACCUCUCGCACUCAACCACAGACCGGGCCACCAACCUCCGCUUCCUUCUUGACCACUUAGGCGUCACCAAGCAAUCACACUCAGAGGUGCCCCACACGGCUCAAACCUUAGAUGAGUCUACGGAGCCACCAGUGUCUCAUGAACACCGAUCAGAGGACAAUGUUGUUGAGCUGCGUGAGCCUCUACCCGGAGGAGACUAG